CAUAACUCACCAGUCGCCACCUCCCUCUCUACGUGAUACAAGUCUACAGCUGCAACCAAUCGCUCUGGUAGCAGAACUCGAUUCAGUUUCUCUCUUUCAAUUCAGUCGAAAAAUGGUGAAGCUGGCGACGGCGCGUGAGUGCAGAAUGUACGGGCCGCGGUUGAGCCGGAACAGAGCGGAGUAUAUGAACGCCGGAGUUUACGUGUUCUCAGCGAUUGUAUUGAUAUGUGGAUUCGCUGGGCUGCUUUUGAGGCAACCAAUAUUAGGGUCAGUUUUACUGAUGAUAGGAUUAACAUGUAUAAUAGUGGUGAACGUACACGAUCUAAUCGCACAUCUCGCCGGAAUCGAUUACAGAAUCGGACUAAUGGAACUCGAUAUUCAACUUCCGUUGGUGGAGAUCGCCGUACCGGUGGUUCAGACCUUGGGAGCGAUUCUCUUCUUUUUAGCCCUUCUUUUUCUCCUCAUCCAAGAGGAUAAAGGAGAGGAUCACGCGAUGAACAUGAUUAUCGCCGGAGCUGUGUUAUGGGUGAUUGGUUCGAUCCUAAAUUCAUGCCAGAUCUACGAGAGAGCCGACGGACAUGUCCAAAUCCUGCAACAAAGUGUCCAGAUCCCGUUUUUAACCGGAAGCUUCUUGUUCAUGGUGGCCGCCAUUCUUAACAGCCGUGAGCAUGAGCAAGCCGGAAUGUUACGUCAUGGUCUGGUUCUACUGACAAGGACGUGGAUAUGGAUGGGUACGUUCGCAAGUUUUUUGUUGUUGAUUGGUGGAUUAGCGAAUGUGGUUAAAGUGUUCAAGAUGCUUCAGAUGGAUAGAUUAAGGUUGGAGAAAUUAAGAGGUGGAGCACAAGAACGACUUAUGAGAAUACGUGAAGGGCAAACGCCGUUUCUUACAGAAGAACGGAGAAAGUGGCCAAGGGCGAUGGAAGCCACCACAGAACCACCGGAAGCGCCUCCAGUUCCUACAACUCCGUACAAGGACGUUCUUGUCGAUGCAUACCUGCCAUUCAAUACUCUCACAAUUGGAAAGGAGUUCUUUUAUUAGUCGGGUUUGGGCCCCACUGGCUACAGGGGUGUGUUCCCAUUGAUGAAAAGUAGCUUGUAAGGUAUCAAUCUGUGAAAUAUUUCAUCAAGGUUUCUAUAUAAAUCAAUAUAACUUUGCAACAAAGAGCAUAACUUGAUUCAUCAUAAA